GUAUUUCGAUAUCAAUACUUAUGCAUAUCGAUAAGUAAACAGCUGUUUCCAGCUGUUUGUUGCCCGCGUCUUUUGCAGUUUGUUCUUAUAAAGCCUAUUUAAGCAUUAUAUUAUUGCAAAUUUGCAGCGAUGCAGUGUCCUAACGAGCCAAUUUACAAAACAAGUGUUGAACAGAAACGGCAUGCACAAAAUGUAGCCAAAAAACAACGGCUAGGCAUGCCAAAGUUGCGUGAUUUACUGCGAGAGAAAUGUCGCAUACGCAUUGUAAAUGCUCGUAAGGGAAAUGUCGAUGGCAACCGUCAAAUUCAAUUGGCUGACUUGGAUAACAUUUUACGCUUGGAACUUAAUGAGUUGGAUCAGGACUUGGAAAUGGAGCAGCACAUCUAUGAAGAGCUACUGGCUGAUGUUAACGAAUGGUACGCUCUACAAGAGCAAAACCUCGAAGAGCUGUUUGCUGAGAACGAACGGGAUCCGUCACAAGUACCAAUAAUCUGUCCAGUCUGCCUUAAGAAACCUCUUCUUCACAUAAGCAGUUUAUAUAAAUGCGAGUGUGGCGUGCAGUUUGAGCAUGCCGCCGAUAUUAUCCAACUGCAGCAGUUGAUUCAAAGCAGAAUCAACGAGCACGAAGUAAGCUGCACCCAAGCAUUGCUGUUUUUCAUAGAAGCCCAGCCAAAGUCUUCCCUCUUUGCCAUUUGUGGAAGCUGUGAUUAUUGCUGUUCAGUUUAAAACAGACACAGGCUUAUAUUUUGUAUUUAUUUAUU